CCGUUGCCACCUGGUAUAAAAUGCAGCGAGUUGAGAUAAAGACGGAAACCACUCCACCAUUUUCUCAAUUUUCUUCCUGCGUUUGGAAAACAAAUAAUUUCUAGAGUUCGUCAAAGAUGCGAAUAAGAAAAGAUAUUGAAAACCUUCAAACCAAACUACAUACAGAAACAAUGUGCUAAUAAUUUCAGAGGCCUAUGCUCGAACAUUAUUUUUGGGUCUCUUGCCUUUAUUCAUAUCUCGCAUCUCAAUAUUAAUUGUAACGAAACACUGCGCAGGAAUUUCUUUUCUUGGGAAGUUUUCUUUGGAGCCUCUUCUUGAGUGGACAGAUAAAGGAGAAUCAUGGAGAUGAAUAGCGGAGGCAAAAUGAUGCAUAUAGUCAUGUUUCCUUGGUUUGCAAUGGGUCAUCUAACUGCUUUUCUUCACACUGCGAACAAAUUCGCAGAGAGAGGCCAUAGAGUUUCUUUCUUAAUACCCUCCAAAACACAAUCUAAACUCACCUCAUUUAACCUUCAUCCGAGCCUCAUCAGUUUCAUUCCACUAGAUGUCCCGCGCGUUGAUGGCCUCCCAUCUCAUGCACAAACCACUGCAGACAUUCCAUAUCCUCUGUAUACUCACCUUAUGACAGCCAUGGAUCGUACUGAGCCAACCAUUCAAUCCAUUUUACUUGACCUUAAACCUGACUUGGUAUUCUACGAUUUUACUCACUGGCUCCCAGCGCUGGCGCGUCGACUUGGCAUUAAGUCUAUACAUUACUGCAUCAUCAGUCCAGCAACUAUUGCUUACGACAUGUCCCCAGCACGAGACCAGGAAUCAGAAUUAAACCUGGAACGUCCGCCUUUGGGAUUCCCACCUUCGUCUGUGAAGCUCCACUCGUUUGAAGCUAAGGCAAGUGCCUCCUUCAGAGAUAUAGAAUAUGGUAGCGGUGUCUCAUUCCACGAUCGAAUGAUGAAAUCAUUAAGCGAUGGCGACGCUUUGGUUUUCAAGGCUUGUAGGGAGAUGGAAGGGGAAUUCUGUGACUAUCUAGAGAGACAAUUUAAAAAGCCUGUUAUAGCCUCUGGACCUGUAAUUCCUGAAACACCCACUUCCACUUUAGAUGAGAAGUGGGAUAAGUGGUUAGGCGGAUUCAAGAAAGGAUCAGUUGUCUACUGUGCACUUGGAAGUCAAUCUAACUUGAACAAAGACCAGUUCCAGGAACUGGUUCUGGGUCUGGAACUUACUGGCUUGCCAUUUUUGGCUGCACUGAAACCACCAGCAGGAAAUAAUUCAGUCGAAGAAGUGCUUCCAGAAGGGUUUACAGACAGAGUGAAAGGGAGAGGAAUUGUGGAGGGGGGAUGGAUUCAGCAGCAACUGAUACUGAGCCACCCUUCCAUCGGGUGUUUUGUGACCCAUUGCGGAUCAGGCUCGAUAACGGAGGCAUUAGUUAAUGAAUGCCAGAUUGUAUUAUUACCACAGAUUGGUGACCAGAUAAUAAAUGCGAGGUUCAUAGCAGGGGAUUUAAAAGCUGGAGUUGAGGUUGAGAGAAGAGAGGAAGAUUGUUGGUUUACGAAAGAAAUUAUCUGCAAUGCUGUGAAGUUAGUGAUGGAAGAAAAUGGUGAAGUUGCUAACGAACUGAGACUCAACCAUGAUAAAUGGAGAAAGUUUUUGCUAAAAGAUAAUCUUGAAGCCUCCUACACUGACGAAUUCAUCACCAAGCUUCAGGAUAUAAUAGCGAGUACGCCUAACAGGUAAGUGCUAGUUAUGAAUUCCUAGUACUAUCUUUCUGAACCAAUAACAAGUGAACAAUGUAAAUGGAUGUAUAUGUGUACAACUAAGUGUAACCUGUGGCAUAAUGGCACAACAACACUGUCCCUGUUUUCUUCAGGGGUUAUCUCUGCACUAUAUCUUGUGCCUUAGGUGCAGGCGCAUGUAUUGUUCUUUAUGUGAAAUAAAUAUGGUGGCGCCCCAAUAAGAGAGGAAUGGUGCUUAUCAUUUGUAUUUUUUUUUUUAUGAGGAAUGUAAUGCGUAUAAAACUUGGUGUUAGUGUUGAGUUUCGCUAGUGUGCUUGGAUAGUAUAAUCCUUCGCAUGGUUCGAGCAACUUCAAUGCGCUCUAGUAAAAAGCAAAUUUGUUA